CGCACUUGGCACGAUGAUACAGCUUUUUCUUUGAUUCCUUGCAUGUUUCACCGAGAUAAAUCAAUGGAAAAGCUAUGUCUUAUACAAAGAAAACAACUGCUCCUCAAAAACAUGAUAAGGAAGGUACAUCAUCUACCACUUUAGCAGCUGUAGCAUUCCAAGAUCAUCUUGUCCGUUCACUAAAUUUAGGGGCACCAGUCAGAAUAGGACCCAGACAGAUAGGACUGGGUCCAGCAGCUAAAGCCAAGCAGAAACAAAAGAAAGAGAUCAAAUCACAAACAGAUACAGGCCUGAGGAAAACAAGACCAAAGGGAUCUGCCAAAAAAGAAGAUGAAGAGUAUGUACUGGAUGCAAAGCCUGUCACUCUCACACUUGCUCAAAAAAUGGGGUUGGUUGAAGCUCCUGAUCAACCUCUUUCUGAAAAAGAAUGGCAAAAUAUGAAACUCAAGUCCAAUGAAAGAGAUGAUUCAAAAUUACCAUGUGUCAUAUGUAAAGAAGAUUUUGGAACCCAAGAGCAGGUGCUGCUGUCUUGUUCUCAUGUUUUCCAUAGGGCAUGCCUGCAAGCCUUUGAAAGGUUCACUGGCAAAAAAACAUGUCCGAUGUGUCGUAAUGAACAAUAUCAGACCAGGGUUAUCCACGAAGGAGCAAAACAACACAGAAUAAAAUGUGCUACAAGAAUCCAAGCUGCCUGGAGAGGCUAUGUGGUCAGGUGUUGGUAUCUGAAGUUGAGGGAGUCGGUUCCACCCACAGAUCCCAAGCUCCGAAAAAAAUUCUAUGCCAGUAAGCUGUCUAGCAUAACAGAUAGAAUGCUGCGAUCUUGUGACUUCAACAUUGACGUCUUUCUGACUGAAAUUGAUGAGAACCUGGCAGCAAGCCGUGCCGUGUUCCGCAAUUUUGAUGCUACUUUCAACAUAAUGUCUGAAGAACAAUGGGAAGAAGUUCAACUAAAGGCUGUGAUGAGACAGGAAGUUGAGUGCCCUAUCUGUUUAGGAGCACUGGUUCUACCAGGUUACAUGGGAGAUGGCCCAACUUUCACUACACAAGAACUCCAUAAUGCCAUGUCAAACAUGUCCAAACUUCCAGAUAAGACUGAUACAAAGAAGUCUUUGGGACUAGACAAAGACCCUAUAAUUAGCAAACUGACUUCACAGAGCACAAACAGUACAGAUCAUAACUGUAAACCUAAAGCAGGCUUAAGGAAAACAGUUCUGUUGUCUUGUUCACAUGUGUUUCACGAGACGUGUUUGAGGACUUUUGAGGAGCUUGCUUGUGAGGAAAGACCCAUAUGUCCCGUGUGUAGGUCCCUGUAUCAAAAACGGGUCAUUAGUCUGUAGACUUUUAAUUUCACUUGCAUCUUUAAUUUAACCCGUUGAAAGUACUAUUUGAAACAAUUUAGAGAUGCAAAAUUCAUACAUGAUUGGAGCUCUAGAAAAGUUGGUAGAAUUUUCUUACACAAUUGCCAAAUGCC